GGCAGACCUGUAUACAUCAGACGGUUCACCAGACAUGGCAAAGGAGGGGACGGAGAUGGCAGAGGAAAGUGAGCAAAUUUUAGACAAAAAGGAGCCGGAGAAUCCCGUCACUGCGGCGGAUUUAAAAGAAAUGCGGGCUGUGGUGCUGACCGGCUUUGGUGGUCUAAACAAACUAAAAGUCACCAAGAAGCCCAUGCCAGAGCCUCAAGAAGGAGAAGUCAAGAUUCGCGUGAAAGCAUGUGGGCUGAACUUCCUCGAUCUAAUGGUACGUCAAGGAAAUAUUGAUAAUCCUCCCAAAACUCCUCUUGUGCCUGGAUUUGAGUGUUCGGGGAUAGUGGAGGCAAUGGGAGAAAACACCAAAGGGUUUGAGAUAGGUGACAGAGUGAUGGCCUUUGUAAAUUACAAUGCCUGGGCUGAAGUUGUGUGCACACCGCUGGAUUUCGUCUAUAAGAUCCCUGAUGACAUGACAUUCCCGGAGGCGGCUGCCUUCUCCAUGAACUUUGUGGCUGCCUACAUGAUGCUCUUUGAAGUGGCCAAUCUCAGAGAGGGGAUGUCUGUAUUAGUUCACUCAGCAGGAGGUGGGAUGGGUCAAGCUGUUGCUCAGCUCUGUUCCACUGUCCCCAACGUCAUUGUGUUUGGGAUCGCCUCGCCCUUCAAACACGAAUCCAUAAAGCAUUCAGUCACACAUCUCUUCGACAGAAACGUUGACUAUGUUCCAGAAGUUAAAAAGAUAUCUCCAGAGGGAGUCGAUAUUGUACUGGACUGUCUGUGUGGAGAGAACACAGGAAAAGGCCUUGCUCUGCUCAAGCCCAUGGGAACUUACAUCCUAUAUGGUUCAUCAAACAUGGUGACGGGAGAGACCAAAAGUUUCUUCAGCUUUGCUAAAUCUUGGUGGCAGGUUGAGAAGGUGAAUCCCAUCAAACUCUAUGAGGAGAAUAAAGCCAUGGCUGGAUUCUCACUCCUGAACCUCCUCUUCAAGCAGGGAGGAUGCAACCAGGUCAAGACAGCAGUACAAAAACUUCUCUCCCUCUACGACCAAAAGAAGAUUAAACCUGUUGUUGAUUCCCUAUGGGCACUAGAGGAGGUGAAGGAGGCCAUGCAGAGAAUCCAUGACAGAGGGAACAUAGGAAAGCUCAUUUUGGAUGUGGAGAAGUCUCCCACACCUUUGAUGGCCAAUGACAGCACAGAGACCAGUGAAGCAGGUGAGGAGGAGGAGGAGGAGCAUGAAGGAGACAAUGACAUCAAGGAGCGAAUGCCCUUCAUUCAGUAAACCCAUCCACCUCAACCCAGACUCAUACAGAGACUAUCACAAACCUGAGCUGUGCUCUCUGCCCCUGUGCUGUUGUGACAUGUUUGUGUGAUGUUUUAUUAUCUUUUGUUUGUCUGUAUCAUUUUCGCAGGAUAAAGUCCUAAAAACACUAAUUGUGUUGCUAAAUGUACAACUGAAGUGCCAUUCUUAGUGCAGUGUUGAAAUGUUACAGUGCUUUAGACCAAAAUGUAAUUGUAGGACUGACUUCCUCUGAAUCCCUUGUGCAGCCUUGUGAAGGUUUAUGUGGGCCUGUCAGUCAGUGGACUGUGCUUUGGAUGUUAAUGUGUGUGUGAAAUGUUAAAAUGUUAAAAGAGAGUGUGAGACUGUGUUUUAUGAGAAGUUAAUGGCAGUAUUUCUACAAGAGCUUUUUGUUGUCAUGUGGGUAAAAGUGCAGAGGAUGACGCGUGUGUGUGUGUGUGUGUGUGUGUGUGUGUGUGUGUGUGUGUGUGUGUGUGUGUGUGUGUGUGUGUGCGUGUGUCACAUUUUUUAGUGUGCGCCUCUGUUUCAGCUCAAA